CAGCGCCGCUGGACGGCUAAGCUUUGCCAACCAGAGAGCACCAGAGGCUUCCCCACCAGGGAUGGCCACCUCCUGCUCCUCCUCUCCAUCACUGGGCCCACUUCUGCUGCUGCUGCUGCUGCUCUCAGGCCAACCCUGGGUUGGGGCUGGGGCCCACAUGGAGGCCGUGGUAUGUGCGGGGACCGCCUGUUACACGGCACACUGGAGCAAGCUGAGUGCGGCUGAGGCCCAGGAGAACUGCAACUCCAACGGAGGCAACCUGGCCACAGUUAAGAGCGAAGAGGAGGCCCAGAUCAUCCAGCAGGCUCUGGCCCAGCUCCUGAGAUCUGAGGUGUCUCCGGCAAUGAGGACGCGCAAGUUCUGGAUCGGGCUGCAGAGGGAGAAGGGCAAGUGUUCCGAUUCCAACCUGCCACUGAAGGGCUUCAGCUGGGUGGGUGGUGGCGAGGACACGCUCUACACUAACUGGCACAAGGAGCUCAAGAGUUCCUGUAUCUCCAAGCGCUGCGUGUCCCUGAUGCUGGACCCGUCCAUGCCACCCCUGGCCAGCCGCCUGCCCAAGUGGUCUGAGAGCCCUUGCGGGAGCAGUGGCUCUCCCGGCAGCAACAUUGAAGGCUUCGUGUGCAAGUUCAAUUUCCAAGGCAUGUGCCAGCCUCUGGCGCUGGGGGGUCCUGGCCAGGUGAGCUACAUCACCCCGUUCCAGGCCACCAGCUCCACCUUGGAGGCUGUGCCCUUCGGCUCUAUGGCCAAAGUGGUCUGUGGCAACAGGACAGAGAGCCACGGUGAUUACCUGCUGUGCAAGGAGAAAGGGCUCCAGGUCUUCGAGUGGGACAAACCAGGCCCCCUGUGUGUCAGCCCCGAAUAUGGCUGUGGCUUUAACAACGGAGGCUGCCACCAGGAGUGUUUUGAGGGUGGGGAUGGGUCUUUCCGUUGCGGCUGCCGCCCAGGAUUCCGGCUGCUGGAUGAUUUGGUGACCUGUGCCUCCCGGAACCCUUGUAGUUCCAACCCCUGCACAGGGGAGGAGGCCACGUGUGUGCCCGAGCCCCAUGGGAAAAGCUAUGUUUGCCACUGCCCCCACGGCUACCGGCAGGACUCGAGUCAGAGGGGCUGUGUGGACGUGGAUGAGUGCCAGGACUCGCCCUGUGUCCAGGAGUGUGUUAACACCCCCGGGGGCUAUCGUUGCGAGUGCUGGGUGGGCUAUGAGCCCGGGGGCCCCGGGCAGGAGGCCUGCCUAGACGUGGACGAGUGCGCCUCGGGCCGCUCACCCUGUGCCCAGGGCUGCACCAACACUGAUGGCUCCUUCCACUGCUCCUGUGAGGAAGGGUACCUGGUUGGAGAGGACGGUACCCAGUGCCAGGACGUGGAUGAGUGUGCCAGCCCUGGGGGCAGCCCCUGUGACGGCUUGUGCUUCAACACUCCGGGCUCGUUCCACUGCGGCUGCCUGCCAGGCAGGGAGCUGGCCGCUGAUGGGGUCUCCUGCAUCAUGGUUCCUGUGUCUCCAGGACCGUCCUCUGAGCCUCCCCAGCAGGAAACCGAGCCAGGCAGAGAGGGAAGCACUGUGUCUCCUGCCCCCAUGUCCAAUGCCACCAGAGGGCCAGAGGGCACUUCCCAGGCAGCCCCGAAGGCAAGGAGCCCUCUGCUGCUGCUCAACCACUCCACCACCUGGGCGGCCUCCGGUGGGCUCCCUGGUGUCCAGUUGGAGCCUGUCAUCCAACACACCACAGUGGCAGCCGGCCAUGAUACGUCCAUUGGUGCAGACUCAGUGGCCACUCAAAGCGUCGAUGGUGGUGCUGAGGGGCAGAAGCUGCUCUUGUUCUACAUCCUGGGCACUGUGGUGGCCAUAGCUCUCCUGCUGGCCCUGGCCCUGGGGCUGCUGGUGUACCGCAAGCGGAGAGCCAGGAAGGAGGAGAUGAAGGAGAAGAAGAAGCCACAGAGCGCGGCUGAUGGCUACUCCUGGGUUCCGGAGAGAGCCGAGAGCAGGGCCACAGAGAAUCCGUACAGUCCGACACCUGGGACAGACUGCUGAUGGGGAGCUGGCCCCAGGGACACUUAACAAGUCAGCAGCCUGCCUCCUCCGCAUCCUGAGAGCUUUAACUCCCUGUGGGGAAGGAGGACCUGGGGCCUUCGGGAAGACUGGACUGGACUCUAAGCACUUGGCCGUGAACUUUCUCCUUGGAAACCUGGCAGCUAGGGAGCACACAGGGAUUUGUUCCAUGUGGAAGUGUUGGAGUGGAGAAAUCUGUUCAAGUUCAAAUCUGGCUGAAUUUAUGUUUUUUUUUCAUACCUGAAUCACAAUAGGACAAAUCAGGUGCUGUAUGGGCUCUUUCCACAGUUUCUUCGCUCAC